CCGAGGAUUCAGGAACACACCAUUAGAUUCAACUAGCUUUAUUUUUUCAAAUCGCCGCGCGUUUCCGGGGCACUCCGAGCGGCACCUAGCAACAAGCUCCAUGGAUACAAACUGUCGUUAGGCGCGCUUACUGGCGCACAAGACGCACAAUAACAUGGAGGAGCCCGAGUCGAGUGUCCGGUCGGCAGCAGCGUCGGACACUAGUAGUCAGUGCAGCCCGCGGUCGUGGGUGGAGCCCCGUGGGAGCGGGCGGGGUCCGGGCGGCGGUCCGGAGCGCCACGCCCCGGGACCCCCUGAACAAAAGCCACACCGGGACCCCUCUUUCCAGCUGGAGUUCCAGGACAGCGGUCUGUCCCCGCUCCUGUCCCUGGUGCCGUCCCACGCCAGCGGACCCCACCACUCCCUGGACUUCUCCCUCCUCCAGGGCACCGGCCUGGAGUUCGUUCCUCUGAGGGCCUCUCCAGACCUCUCCCUCGCCUACGAUGCGUCUCAGAUCCCGUCAGAGGACAAGCCCGACACCUCCCUGGCCUCGGAGCCCGGGUCCCUGUCCCAGCAUCCCCUCGCCAUGACGACCAUCGCCACGAAAACCGCCCUGACGGAGGAGGAGGAGGAGGGCGGGAGCAGCUGCUGGUCCCUCUCCCAGCACAGUCUGUCACCCGGAGACAGCCGCAGAAAGAACCACCCGGAAGGAACCCGGGCCCAACCGCCAGCUCCCGCCGACGCCGGCCAGGGAACGGGUUCGAGGGAAGACGCUCCAGCGAGGACCCCGCCACCGAUUGGUCGUACGGCGGACGCCCUCCCCGACGUGUCCUCGGGAGCCAAUAGCAGCGCUGCGUCGUUUGCCUCGGAAAGCUCUGUCAAGAGGACACCCAGCGGCGCCACUAGGGAGGCUAGAAGCGGCGCCGGCGCUCCUAGGUUGAGCGCGGGAAGGCGGGAACGUCCAAGGGGCGGCGGCGGCGCUGUAGAGCCCCGUGAGCCGGUCCGCUCGGCCCCCACGGGGGAGGGGGUCCCCCCGGAGGCGGCCAACAUCACGGUGGGGUCCCGGGACACGCACCCGGACGAGAGCAGCCAGGCCCUCCGCCGGGAGCUGCGGUCGGAGGCGGAGCUCAGCCGGACCAGCCGGGGGGGAGGAGCCACCCGAGACCACACCCACACACCCCUCCCCGCUCCGGCGCCCGGGACGGCCAGAGGGAGGCCGGUCGGAGGGAACCAGGCCGGCGUUCCCGCUGCGUCCGGUCCCCCUCUGCCGCUGGGAUACGGGGGCGUGCCCGGGACCGGGGGGCGGGACUUUUGGUCUUCGGGGAACCAAUUCGACGGGUCCCAUCUGGGGCUCCUCCCGCAGUCCCAGUCCACGCCGGGGGUGUUCAACGCCCCGGCCAGGUCCCGGGUCGCGGGUCCGCUCCGACGCCGAGGUCCAGCCAGGACGGAGACCUCACCGGACCCGGGCGCCGGCCGACAGGACGCCCCGACGUCCGGGAACGUCCCGACGCUCCCCACCCUCAACUACAUGGAGAAGGUGGACGCCUGGAGGGCCAAUCAGAGCGCGGCGGGGCAGCCCUCGCUCUCCGACAGCCUGGCGCUGCAGGCGCCCAAGAAGCGGGCGCACGGCGCCGUCGCCGACACCCUCAGCCGCAUCCUGAGGCAGCAGGUCCGCCCCGACUCCGCCCCCUCCGGCGCCACGCCCUCCUCGUCCCCGCGGCGAGGGGAGGCGGCGGGCAGCGGCCCCGCCUCCCCGCUGGGCCGCUCCCAGUCGCACUCGUCCCUCAGCACGGUGGUGGGCCCGCUCCCGACGCACGCCGCCCCGCCCCGCCCCUCGCCGCUCGCCGCCCUGGGGCGCUUCAGCGACGGCUCCCCGGAGACGGACGCCAGCGGGACGCUGUCCCCCUCCCGGGACGCUCACCGCGACCUCCACCGGCUGCUGGCCGCCUCCACGGGCCCCUCCUCCGUGGUCAGCCUGGAGGUGGACAACUACGCCCCCUACUGGACGCCGUCCAGGCCCGCGACGCCCCCGCCUCCUCCUCCCGCCCCCGCCCCCACCAGGGCCAGGGAGCUGAACAUUGAGGAGAGGAUCCCGUUGUACCUCCAUAACCUGGGCAUCGACCAGUCUCCCUCCACCAUCCUGACCCCAUUUGGCCCCCAGGGGCCCAUCAGAGAGCCCGAGUUCUCCCCCACCGACCUGCUCACCAUCGAGGGCUCCGUGGGCACCAAGAGCAGCCAGCCCUGGGAAGGCGACAGCCCCCACAAGCCGGACGUCUCCCAGUGCAGCGUGCCGUCUCUGGACUCCAGCGUGUCCGUGGCGCUCAGUGUGGACAGCCUCGGUCCAGCGGCUCACGUCCAGCCCACUGUCUCCCCCUCGCCGGACCCGCCCCCAAGCGACUCCCAAACAAACCCCAGCCUCGCGAGCCACACCCACGCUCGCGGUAGCCGUUCUCGUGAUCGCCAUGCUAUGGUUAGCCAUGCUAGCGGUAGCCAUGCUAGCGGUAGCCAUGCUAGCGGUAGCCAAGUGAGCAGUAACCGUUCUAGUGAUCGCCAUGCUAGGGUUAGCCAUGCUCGUGCUACGCACGCUAGCGGUAGCCAUGUGAGCAGUAACCGUUCUAGCGAUCGCCAUGCUAGGGUCAGCCAUGCUAGUGCUAGGCACGCUAGCGGUAGCCAUGUGAGCAGUAACCGAUCUAGCGAUCGCCAUGCUAGGGUUAGCCAUGCUAGUGCUAGGCACGCUAGCGUUAGCCACGCUAAGGUCCGAAGUGCUCACGAUCACCAUGCCGGCGUUAGCCGCUCUAGCAGUAGCCAGACUAGCAUUAGCACUAGCGUUGGCGCUGGCCGCGUCCCCGUCCGACUCAGUGACCGGUUUGAGGCUAGCAGCUCGUCCACGCUGACUGACAGCACGGCGAGAGACAGGAAGUCGUUGGUGUCACCGCCGCAGGCUAGCUCCUGCGCUAGGAGGACCGCCGCGGAGGCCCCCGUGGGCGCUUACACACCUCCCACCCAGAACCCCCUGGGAGUGUCCUCCUCCUCCUCCUCCUUGCCCAUGUCGCGACCCCACUCCGACGACGACCUCCUCCUCGCUCUGAGGAGGAGGGGGGGCGCGGCCGUGUUCCAAGACUCCGCCUUCACCUCCUGGGCGGGGGCGGGAGGACUGGAUGGCUCCUCCUCCUCCUCUCCCCCGCGGUGGGCCCGCUCCUCGUCCGACUCCAUGCUGGCGCCGAGAGAUUCCGGUCCGUCGCCACGGCGACCGGACCACCCACCGUCACAGCCCGCCGGCCAACCGACAGGGCAGGAGGCGGGCUCUGUGAGCGGGUCGUCGCAGCCGCCCCCCCUCGUCGCCAAGACAACGAGGAGGGCGGAGCCUGAGGGCUGCAGUGCCGCGCCCCCCGACGGAACCAACGUUCCCCUGACGACCACGCUCGCCGUCCCCGCGGUGAAGAUGUCCGCCAGUCCUCAGACGACUCCUGACCCUCGGCUGACCCCUGACCCUCAGCUGACCCCUGACCGCCAGCUGACCCCUGAACCUCAGCUGACCCCUGACCGCCAGCUGACCCCUGACCCUCGGUUGACCCCUGAACCUCAGCUGACCUCUGACCGCCAGCUGACCCCUGACCCUCGGUUGACCCCUGAACCUCAGCUGACCUCUGACCGCCAGCUGACCCCUGACCCUCGGUUGACCCCUGAACCUCAGCUGACCCCUGACCGCCAGCUGACCCCUGAACCUCGGCUUACCCCUGACCCUCAGACGACCUCUGAACCUCGGCUGACCUCUGAACCUCGGCUGACCCCCGAACCUCGGCUGACCCCCGAACCCACUGAGGCACCGGAAGAGGAGGAGCCAGGAAGCCCCGCCCCUUCCCCCGCCUCUGUGGUGGAGGCGGAGCCUGCGCACGGCGUGCUGAGCGACGGGAACAGCAGCGACAGCUCCCUGGCCGUCCGCGUCGCCAAGCUGCUGCAGAGCGAGUCCUCCUUCACCAUGACGACCAGCAGCUCCAGCACCGCCACCGACCGGGAGGACCCCAGGGCCCGAGAGUGGCUCCGGCUCAAGGUGUCCGGUCAGCGGUGCGAGUCCCUAGAGAUGGACACUGAGGACAGGCGACGCAUCGAGGAGAUCAAGAGGGAGAUCCUCCUACUACGCCCCCUGCAGAACAUCACCAGCACGGACACGGAGAGCAGUACCGUGUCCAGCCUGCGGGGGCGCCCUCUCCGCCCGACUGGCGCCGCUCCCCCGGGACCUCGACCGGGCCUGGAGGCCCGGGUGCGAGAGAUCGCCGCCCGCGAGGGGGUGGCCCUCCCCAGGGCCCCCCCGCCCACGUUCAGCUCCAUCACCAUCUCCACCUGCCGCCGCUCCCCCUCCCCCUCCCCCGCUCCCCCCGUCAGCCCCGCCCCCCCCGUCAGCCCCGCCCCCGAACCCGAACCCCUCCGCCUCACCCACCUCUCCACGGACCCCGGCCCCCCGCCUGCACCGCCCUCCUCCUCCACCUCCGGCUCCGGGCCGGGGUCCGGCAGCAGCACGCUGCACGGAGGGCGAGAGCCGACAGGAAGUCACGCCGGCCAGCUUCCUGCGUCCUCGCCGGCGGCGGGAAACCUGGCUUUCGGGAGACGCACCCCCCUGCCCCCCCCCCACGGGACGGGCUCCUCCGACUCCCCAAGCACCGGGGGUCACGUCUCCCACCUCCACCUCACCCUGUCCCCCAAACCCCCGGGGCUCAGGGCGCACGCCGGCGGCCCCCCCGCCCAGGACGGGGGGCCGCCCUCCAGAGAGUUCUCCCCCCUCCCACGCACCACCACCUUCAGCACCGCCGCCGCCGCCGCUACUGGAUCUGGUGGUCCGGCCAAGCCAUGUGACACCAGGGAACCAAUCAGAGGGCGCGCUCCGCAGCGAGCCGACACCUCCGCGCUGUUCAGGGCGGGGCUGACUGCGGACGCGAGGACCUCCUCCGCACCCAGCCGUCCCCCGCAAUCCUUCACUCCAUCCCGGCGGCCGGGAGCUGCUCACGGUGCAGCGCACCCCGUUCUCCUGCCCUACAAGCCCCGCGGCAGCGAGGAGCUGUUCUACGUUCCGCAGAGCGAGGCGUCCUUCUCCCCCGAGCGCUGCAGCAGCACCGCUGAGAGCACCCAUCCAGGCUCCGAUGACGCCGUGCCCCCCCGCUUCGGCCCCGGCGUCCUGGGGACCACGGACCCCGGCGUGGACCGGGGCGUGAGCUUCAGACACACCGAGGGGGUCUACAGCAAGAGGCUGAGGACGGGCGGGGUCCCCGGGUCCCCGCUGGUCCCACACACAGGUCCAUCCUCUCGGCUCUCCUCUGCGCCGUUACCCCAGCAUGCACCUGUCCGGCGCCUCGAGAGACCAGGUACAAGCCCCGGCACUCCUUUAGCGACAGCCAAUCCGAGGAGAGCGCUGGGAGUUCAAACCAAUGGCGUAUGAGACGGACCGAGGCACCUCGACAAGGGAAUACGCCGACGCCCACAACUCCGCCUCUUCGUCGGGAUUGGAGGGGGGGGCGGACUUUGGCCAGCUGGUCCAAUCGCAGCAGACUGGUGCGUCUCUGGGCCAACUGUGGCAAAGAGUCAACGGAGGGGCGGAGCCUGGUGGACCCCCAUCCGACCAAUGAGAGCGAGCCGUCUCUCCUGUUGCUCUGGAGCGCCUGAAACGCCUCCUCCACGGAGAAGGUGUGGGUGGAGGAGGAGGUGGGGGGGUUGUGUCUACGUCUGGUCCUCCAGCAGCCGCCGUACAGGAGGGUAGACGGUCAGAGGUCACGGGCGACGACGGCGGACACCCCCGGUGGCCUGCGCGGACACAGGAAGAGGAGAGCCUGAGCCCCGCCUCCUCCCACUCUAGCCCCGCCCACGGGCGGCACCGCUUCCCCGCGGAGAGGGACAAGCUCGGAGACGCUGUCCAACGUCCCGGCUCGUGUCCACGGUGGACACGGAGCGGCUGGUCCGCGCCUUCGGGUCCGACCGGGUCCGGAGGAGUCUGACCCCGGGGUCGCCCUCCCUCGGAGGCUCUACCACGCCAUCCACCAGCAGAGCGGAGGCGGGGAGGCGGGGAGAGGAGGGGGGAGGGACUGGAGAGAAUAAGGGGAGGGAG